AGUAUCGUAGUGAGAGAGUUAGAUCUACAAGAACAGAAUCUGUCGAAAGUUUCUCGUGCACGGAAGGGACUGGGAUGGGUACGCAAACUUUACAAUUAUCUCGAUCCGAUACCUCCCCUUGGGGCUUCCGGCUACAAGGGGGAAAAGAGUUUGGAACACCUUUAACAGUUCUAAAGGUAAACAAUAACAGCCUGGCCCAAAAAGCGGGUCUUCAACCAGGAGAUACCAUUCUACAAAUAGGAGGUCAUUCGACAGAUGAUAUGAAACACAAGGAAGCUCAAGAUACAAUUAUAAGAGAAGGAAACAGUGUAAAGUUAACUAUACAAAGGUACAAAUGUAUUUUAAGUACUCAUUAUAUUAUAUGCUCAUACAUAACACAAGGAUCGAAUUUCUUUUAUUUUUCUCUNUAUAAACCACCAGGAACCCAAGAUGUGAGUUCCAGCCAUUCUGUUUCUACUAAAACUUUCUCAUCUGUCGAAUCUAGUAAAGUCGUUUCCUCGUUUCAAUCGGCACAAGUCCAAAGUACGUCAUUCUCGUCCAUGUCUUCAUCGAUCCCUGCUCCCUUUUCAGAACCAUCACUUCCCCCUGCACCAGCUCCAGUAUCAAUGCCAAGCCCACCCCAAGAACCAGUUUCGUUACCAAGCCCACCCCAAGCUCCAGUAUCGAGCCCACCCCAAGAAUCGGCUCCCGUUUCUUUACCAACCGAAAUACCCGCUCCGGCUCCUGCUGAUCCAACUCCUAUUUCUCUACCACCUGCAGAUCCUACCCCAGCACCUCCACAAGACUUUAAACCUAAACCUGCAUCUGGACAGCACGGACAUGCACCAGGAAUCGGUUCUCGUCCCGCACCUCGACGAGGAAGAGGUCAAUUAAUAACCUCUGGAGGAAGUCGAAUUCCGAUCUGUGCUGCUUGCGCCUCACCCAUCAGAGGUCCCUUCAUAAUGGCACUUAGCAAAAGUUGGUGUCCAGAUCAUUUCUUGUGCACUAAUUCCGUCUGUCGUCAACCUCUGCAAGACAUUGGAUUUGUGGAAGAUCAAGGUCAAUUAUACUGCGAAAAUUGUUACGAAGCUUACCUGGCUCCCGUCUGUGCUAAAUGCAACAAGCGUAUUAAAGAGGAAUGUCUUAUUGCAUUGGAUAAACACUGGCACACAGACUGUUUUAUCUGUGCUUAUUGCAACAAACCUUUUGGCAAUGAUUCUUUCUUCCUGGAAGACGGGUUACCUUAUUGCGAAAAAGAUUGGAAUGAAUUGUUUACUACAAAAUGUGUAGGAUGUGGAUUUCCAAUAGAAGAAACUAUGCAGAGACAAAUUAGUACAAAAUCUAUUCAGGAUAGUGGAACUGUAACAGCUGUUAUGCAUAAACAAUUCAAUUCACCCGCUGCUUUAUAUUCGAUGCAAAAUAUCGCAGAAACACUUUCUGCCCAUACAGAAAUUCUUGCUACAGGUGUAAAAGGGAUCAAUUUUAUGAAGGAAGAACAACCUAUCAAUACUCAAUCGGCUGUCUAUAAACUUGUUCACGAAGAAGAAAUUAGUUCUGGAAAAGCAUCGCCCGCACCUCCUACACCAACUAUACCAGCAAUGUCUUCUCCUGCUCCGCGUAUACCUGCUCCUGCUCCUGCCCCAGCUCCAGCUCCAGCUCGUGUUCAAGCCCCACCUCCACCCACAGCUCCAAAGCCUUUACCAGCAAGACCAGCCGAAAGUGUAGCUCCAGGCGGAGGACAAGCCAUUUGUGCUGAAUGCGGAGCCUAUAUUACAGGUGUGUUCGCACGAAUAGGUGAUCGAUCACUUCAUCCAGAUUGUUUCAAAUGCAAUACUUGUGGCGUAUCUUUGAAGAAUGUUGGUCAUUAUAAUAUCAAUGAGAAACUGUAUUGCGAGGUGCACGCUAAAACAGCUAGCAAAAUGGCCAGUGUAGAAGCUAUAAAAGAAGCUGUGGGAAAACCUGUUACUGCUCCACUUCCUCCACUGCGUAUUCCUCAUCAGUCACCAGGAUUGCCUUCCAUUCAUAGUGUUUCACCAAUACCUUUCCGAAGAAUGGCUUCGGAAGUGCAUCAUGUGGAACCACCAAUGAGUCCAAAGAGAUGCCAGUCACCAUUAUCUUUUGCUCAAGCACCACCGCCACAGAUCGGAAGUCAAUCGACUAAUCCAUCGCAAUUCAUCAGCCGUCCUGCUCCUACAAAGCCGGUAGCUCCCAUGUCUUUCUCUAAAUCUGCUUACUCAAAGUUCACGCAAAUAACUAGAGCUCAUUCUCCAGUAACAGGUGGCAGCAAGUUUACGUGGCCACCACAGAAACAGGAUAUGCCAUUUAGUAAACCUGUAUUCGACUCUAAUGCAACCCCAACACCACCAACAUAUAAACCACCAGGAACCCAAGAUGUGAGUUCCAGCCAUUCUGUUUCUACUAAAACUUUCUCNUUAUUAUAA